AUGCAGGAGACUGUCGGCUGUGAACAGCUUAAGAAGAAGAAAUACAAGGGGACAGGCGGAGGUGUAUAUAACUUGCUGAAAUUGCCAUCAUAUCUUCAUCCGCUCGUAGAAGCUCUUGCGGAAAAGCACCAUAUUGCCGGAGUACCCGGUUUAGAUCAAGAAUUGGAUGGCGAGCUCGAAUAUAAGUCUGACGAUGCACUUGCUCCGAACGGGUUAGGAAUAAGAGAUGUAACUGGGGAAGAAGAAGAGGUUGUUUUGGAUGACUCACCUGAAACAUUUGAGGAAGGUCGUAAAAAACCAGCAACAACCGACCUGGCAUUAUCAAAACCUAAGAGCAUUGCAGCUAAAGCUCGUGAAGCUCUCUCGCUCUUUACCGACAAGCGCUCGCUACUUUAUGACGAAGAAAUAAAGCUGGCACGUUUGAAACAGCGGAAAGUUCAAAUUGAAAUUCGUGUGGCUGAGCUAAAAAUGGAGGAAGCUAGACUUCUAGUAGAAACCGCAAAGGCGAAUCUUCCCCGUAGCACCACUAAUGAUCUCCCUUACCCACAAUUUUAUAGUCUAUAA